AUGGAGUCGAUAUUGGACUUUUCGCGAGAUCUAGACAUCAAUGCCUUAGACCAAGUGGUGGAUACCUUGUAUAAGGGAUCUGGUGCUCAACAAAAGCAAGCUCAAGAAAUUUUAACAAAAUUGAAGGACCAUCCGGACUCGUGGCAAAGAGCCGACCAAAUAUUGCAAUUCUCGCAAAAUCCGCAAACCAAAUUCAUCGGAUUGUCGAUUCUGGAUAAACUGAUCACCACGAAAUGGAAAAUGCUGCCACCAGAGCAUCGAAUUGGAAUCCGUAAUUUCAUAGUCGGAAUGAUCAUCUCACUGUGUCAGGACGACACCGUUUUCCAAACGCAGAAAAACCUGAUCAACAAGUCGGACCUCACACUGGUGCAGAUCUUGAAACAAGAGUGGCCACAGAAUUGGCCGGAUUUCAUUCCUGAAUUGGUCCAAAGCGCACAAUCGUCAGUAAAUGUGUGUGAAAACAACAUGGUCAUCCUCAAACUGCUGUCAGAAGAGGUUUUUGAUUUCUCAGCGGAACAGAUGACCCAGGCUAAAGCCCUGCAUCUCAAGACGUCCAUGUCAAAAGAGUUUGAGCAGAUUUUCAAGCUUUGCUACCAGGUUAUGGACGCUGGUUCGACCACCUCGCUCGUGGUUGCUGCAUUGGAGUCAUUGCUAAGAUACUUGCAUUGGAUUCCUUACCAUUACAUCUACGAUUCCAACCUUCUGGAAUUGCUUAGCACCAAGUUUUUGAUGUCCUCCGACACAAGGGCAGUGACUAUCAAAUGUUUGACCGAAGUUUCCAAUUUGGAACUACCCCAAAAUGAUACAAAAAUUGCGGAGCAGACCGUUCUUUUCUUCCAAAACACCCUACAGCAAGUAGCUGAGAACGUUAUGCCCGUCACUGCCGAUUUAAAGGCGACGUACGCGACCGCAAACAGUAGAGAUCAAUCCUUCCUGCAAGAUUUCGCCAUGCUUCUCACAACGUUCCUAGCUCGUCACCGUUCUCUUUUGGACAGUGACGAAAGAUUAAGGGAACUCCUUUUGACUGCCCACCAGUAUUUGAUACAACUGUCAAAAAUUGACGAAAGAGAGCUUUUCAAAACGACCCUGGAUUAUUGGCAUCAUCUGGUAGCAAGUUUGUUCCAGGAAGUCCAAAAACUUCCCGUCGCAGAGCUCAAUCCACUGUUGCAGCUAUCUGUAGGGUCUCAUGCCAUCAAUUCUUCUGGAGGCGCGCCAAAUCCUGAAUUUCUGAAGAGAUUCCCGCUCAAAAAGCACAUCUACGAUGGUAUCUGCUCUCAGCUGAGAUGGGUUGUUAUAGAAUCUAUGGUAAGGCCAGAGGAAGUUUUGGUGGUGGAGAACGAUGAGGGUGAGAUUGUGAGGGAGUUUGUCAAAGAAUCUGACACAAUUCAACUAUACAAAUCUGAGAGAGAGGUUCUGGUUUAUCUUACGCAUUUGGAUGUCGUCGAUACCGAGGAUAUCAUGAUAAGCAAAUUAUCAAGACAGAUUGAUGGAUCUGAAUGGUCGUGGCAUAAUAUCAAUACGUUGUGCUGGGCUAUUGGAUCCAUUUCAGGCACAAUGGGUGAAGAAACGGAGAAAAGGUUUGUGGUAACUGUCAUUAAAGACCUAUUGGCCUUAACGGAGAAAAAGCGGGGCAAAGACAACAAAGCAGUGGUAGCCUCAAACAUCAUGUAUGUUGUUGGCCAAUACCCCCGCUUUUUGAAAGCACACUGGAAAUUCUUGAAAACUGUUAUUCUCAAGCUAUUUGAGUUCAUGCACGAAACUCACGAAGGUGUUCAGGACAUGGCUUGUGAUACAUUUAUAAAAAUUGUCCGGAAGUGCAAGCAUCAUUUUGUUGUUCAGCAACCAACUGAACCUGAACCAUUUAUACAAACCAUCAUCAGACAAAUCCAAAGCACCACUGCAGAUUUGCAGCCUCAACAGGUUCACACCUUCUAUAAAGCAUGCGGCACAAUAAUCUCUGAUGAAAGAAAUGUUGGAGAAAGGGAACGUUUACUAGGCGAUCUCAUGCAGUUGCCCAACAUGGCAUGGGAUGCUAUAGUGGAACAGUCCUCUGCCAACCCAGAUUUAUUGCUUGAUAGUGAAACCGUAAAAAUCAUCGCCAAUAUUCUGAAAACAAAUGUGGCUGUCUGUUCGACAAUGGGUGCAGAAUUUCACCCACAAUUGGGUCAUAUCUACUACAAUAUGCUUCAGCUUUACAGGGCCGUAUCCUCCAUGAUAUCGGCUCAAGUUUCUGCCGAAGGGCUCAUUGCAACAAAGACUCCAAAGGUCCGUGGCCUAAGAACGAUAAAAAAGGAAGUACUCAAGCUUGUUGAGUUCUACAUCUCUCAUGCUAAGAAUCUGGAUGAAGUCGUGAAAGUAUUAGUCGAACCACUCUUGAAUGCUGUUUUGGAAGACUAUAUGAAUAACGUUCCAGAUGCCAGAGACGCAGAAGUUUUGAACUGCAUGACGACUGUUGUUCAUAAGGUUGGUCAUAUGAUGCCCAGUGGUGUCAUUUUGAUCUUGCAGAGUGUGUUUGAGUGCACUUUGGAUAUGAUUAAUAAAGACUUCACGGAAUACCCUGAGCAUCGGGUCGAAUUUUACCGACUUUUGAAAGAGAUCAACAGCAGGUCCUUCAAUGCUCUUCUGGAACUACCACCAGCUGCGUUCAAGCUGUUUGUUGAUGCAAUCUGUUGGGCAUUUAAGCAUAACAAUCGUGAUGUCGAAGUCAACGGUUUACAGCUUGCCCUAGAUCUUAUCAAAAAUAUUGAAGGGUUGGGUUCAACACCAUUCGCAAACGCUUUCUAUGAGAACUUUUACUGUACGUUCAUCAGCGAAACCUUUUACGUUCUUACAGAUUCGGACCAUAAAUCUGGAUUUUCUAAGCAGUCCCUUCUUCUCAUGAGAUUGAUAUCACUGGUUGAGGAGAACAAGAUAGCUGUUCCGCUUUAUCAACCAGGCGAAGUUGCUGAAGGUGCGACUAACCAGUUGUACCUUGCUAAUUACAUGGCCAACAUGCUAAGCAGUGCAUUCCCUCACCUCAGCAAAGAGCAGGUAACCGGUUUCAUCAGCGCUUUGAUCAAGCAGUAUCAGGAUCCAUCCAAGUUUGCAGCAACUCUAAGAGAUUUCCUAGUUCAGAUAAAGGAAUUUGGUGGUGAUGCAACUGACUAUUUGUUCGCUGAGGACAAGCAGCUGGCAUUGGAAGAACAAACCAGAGUAGAAAGGCAAAGAGCAGCGGCUGUUGGUGGCUUAUUGAAGCCGUCGGAGCUUGAAGAUUAA